UGCGGAGGCUGCGCAGACGCCGCGCAGACUUCCGCGAGCGCAGACGCCGCGAACGCAGCCAAAUUGUCGCUGGCAGGAGGCGGAGUUGAAAGGUUGCAGGCAUGGCGGCGGCCUUGGGAGAUGAGGAUUUAGACAACGAUGACUACUAUUCUCUUUUGAACGUCAGGAGGGAGGCGACGCAGGAGGAGCUGAGGGCCUCGUACCGCCGGCUGUGCAUGCUCUACCACCCCGACAAGCACAGGGACCCCGAGCUCAAGAGGCAGGCGGAGCAGCUCUUCAACCUGGUGCACCAGGCCUACGAAGUGCUCAGCGAUCCACAGUCCAGGGCCAUCUACGAUGUCUACGGGAAGAGGGGUCUGGAGGUGGAAGGAUGGGAGGUGGUGGAGAGGAAGAGGACCCCGGCGGAGAUCCGGGAGGAGUUCGAGCGGCUGCAGAGAGAGCGCGACGAGAGGCGGCUGCAGCAGAGGACCAACCCCAAGGGGACGAUCAGCGUGGGAGUGGAUGCCACUGACCUCUUCGAUCACUACGAAGAAGAUUAUGAAGACAUGCCAGGGGGAGGCUUCCCACAGAUCGAGAUCAACAAGAUGCACAUUUCGCAGUCCAUAGAGGCCCCUCUGACCACGACGGACACCGCCAUCCUGUCUGGCUCGCUCUCCACGCAGAACGGCAACGGAGGGGGCAACAUCAGCCUGGCGCUGCGCCGCGUCACCUCCGCGAAGGGCUGGGGAGAGGUGGAGUUUGGUGCUGGGGACAUGCAUGGCCCACUCUUUGGGAUGAAGAUAUUUCGUAACCUCACGCCACGCUGCUUCGUGACCUCGCAGUGCGGCCUGCAGUUCUCCUCGCGCGGCGUGCGCCCCGGCCUCACCACGGUCCUGGCGCGGCACCUGGACAAGAACACCAUGGGCUACCUGCAGUGGCGCUGGGGCACGCAGUCCGCCAUGAACACCAGCAUCGUCAGGGACACCAAGACCAGCCACUUCACCUUCGCGCUGCAGCUGGGGAUCCCUCACUCCUUCAUGAUGCUCAGCUACCAGUACAAAUUCCAGGAUGAGGACCAGACCAAGAUCAAGGGCUCUGUCAAGACGGGCUUUUUCGGCACCGUGGUUGAAUAUGGUGCUGAGAGGAAGAUCAGCCGCCACAGUGUUUUGGGGGCGACCGUCAGUGUCGGGGUCCCCCAGGGUGUGUCCCUCAAAAUCAAGCUGAACAGAGCCAGCCAGACGUACUUCUUCCCCAUCCACCUGACGGAUCAGCUCCUGCCCAGCGCCGUGUUUUACGCCACGGUGGGGCCUCUUGUCUUCUACCUGGCCAUCCACCGGCUAAUCAUCAAGCCCUACGUGCGCAGCCAGAAGGAGCAGGAGCUGGAGAAGCACAGGGAAAGUGCCGCCACGGACAUCGCCCGGAAAAAGCAGGAGGCAGAGUCGGCUGUGCGGCUGAUGCAGGAGUCGGUCCGCAGGAUUAUCGAAGCAGAGGAAUCUAGGAUGGGCCUCAUCAUUCUCAACGCCUGGUAUGGCAAAUUCGUGACGGACAACAGCCGAAGGCACGACAGGGCGAAGGUCAUCGACGUGACGGUGCCCCUGCAGUGUCUGGUGAAGGACUCCAAACUUAUCCUCACUGAAGCCUCGAAGGCGGGCCUGCCCGGGUUCUACGACCCCUGUGUGGGAGAGGAGAAGGGCCUGAAGGUGCUGUAUCAGUUCCGGGGCGUGAUGCACCAGGUCCUGUCGGGAGACACGGAGGCGCUUAGGAUACCAAAGCAAUCUCACAGGAUCGAUGCCGACACUUAGGAGCCUGUGGCUGUUGGGCUAAAAAGGGACAAGACCCUGGACAGACAGAGCGAGACAGAGGGAGGGAUGGGUUAGACUCGGGCUGCGCGGCUUGGAGACCUGCAGGCUCCCAGGCCUGGACAAGCGACCCUUGUGCGACCCCUUUCAUUCAUGUGGUUCUGGAUAUUGUUCUGUAAUACAGAGGUGGCAUAUUUUGGCAAUGGUAAAGACUUUGCAAAGCUUUUUUUACAUGAAGUGCUCCGGAAAAUGUACCAGCUGCUACUUAUUUAAAAAAAAUUCACACCAAACCAUGUACAUCGUUCUCUUGUAUGUACACACAUACAGUGUGCAUUUCUGCAUCUGUCCAGAAUUUGUAUGCGUGCGUGUUGGCAUAUACUCCCAGUAUGUUGUCUGCACUGCCCAGGCGGUGUGAUCUGCAGAAGUUUUCCGUCUUCCUGCAGCCCCUCAGGUGUGCCCACUGAUUAAGCCAGCGCAGGAGCCCCAGCUCUGAAGGGAAGGGCGCCACGUGAUUGGCCAGGGACCUGUCCGCAGUGGUGGGCGCAGGCGGGCAUGAUGGGUCCUGGCUGUGGCAGUGUGGAGACCGGACUCCUCGUGGGAAACGAGGGGGCUGUCUGGCACGGUCCUGUUCCUUAAAGAGCGCGCGGCUCACGACAGGGUGUCAGCUAUGCACUACUAGAAGUAGCGUACCUCCGCUAAGUAGUCCACAGACUGGAAGCAUGCCUUCUCAAAGCCAUCAGCGGAAUCGGCUCCUAUUCGAUACGAGGUGCCACUUUACUGGGGUGGGCGGUUGACGUCUUGGGGGGCAUUUAUUCCCACAGAGCAGCGUCCGGCCCAGUCUGGCCCACCUGCCAGGCGCUGCUCUGUCUGACGAUGGAGGAAGCUGCUAGAAACGCAGAGCAGAGGGCAGCUGCCGUCUUCUAUACUCUGCUUCUGUCCUGCGAGUGAAGCCACUGGCGCCAGGGCUGGUCGCCACCGGUGCAGGCUCUGUGGAUUCAUGCAGGAGUCUCGUCUCUGCCCCCUCUAGAGCUGUCGAUGUCCAUCAGAUAACUGACUGGCAUUUCUCCCGCUGAUCAAGCAGGCCAGUGCUGGUCAGCUCCAGACUUCAGAGACACCAGGCGACUGCGCUCUGCAUCGCUGCAGGGCUCUCACUUCAUUAAAUUAAGCCAGUUACGUGAUUGGAAGGAUGCCGUCUCUAAGCCCUCUAUUGAUGAACAGCAGGAUUCAAAGAAAGCUAGAAAACAUGCAGGGCUGAGGAGUGCCUGGAGCACUGUAAUGGCCCUAACACACACGCGCAGGCACACGCUGGAUUGUAGGAAACCCCAGGGAAGCGAAAGAUUUGCGGGAAUGCUUGCAGAACGUUCUGGCCAUGAUCUGCUAGUACAGCACCGCAAACUCGUGCACCCACUGCCCUCUUGUGGCCGUGGGGUGGAACUUUAUGGUACCAUUGAUCUCUGUCAGACUCUCUCAUACGUUGCUUUAAAAAGGAACUAGCUCAAAUAAUUUCCUUUUAAAACACCUCUUUACACAUAUGUACGAAAGUAUGUGUGCAUGGGGUGGGGCUUAAUAUAUUUUAUAAUGUAAUAGACACUAAUGCUGGUUGUUGCACAUGGAUUAACAGCUGUGCAUUUCCCAGUAUGAGCUGUGCAGUGGUGGCCCUGGUAUCUCGCUGGUACUUCUGUCUGCAGGGCUGCGGUGUAUCUGGGUGGAGCUCAGCGAUGUUAAUUGGGCCCCUGCUGUUGAGUCGUCACUUGCCUCUGUCACCUGUCUGAAAAGAAACGUAGGAAAAAUCUUUAAAUGGCAAAGAAAAAGAACAAAUGGUCUCGGAGGCCAGGGUCUUGAGAUCUAUGUGUCCAGGAGCGCUUCUUAUUCUUUGACAUAUUGCAAUAGUUCCACCAUGUACGCAGACUGUCAGAAUGAGUCAGGAAAUGACUCGCAUAGAGAAUAUUCCAGUAACUGUAAUUAUCCAUGAGGUCGGAGUGUGAAUUGAACUCUUCUGUCCAACAAUUAAAAAAACACUGGGACUGUUGAUUAAAAGAAACGGCAAAACCAACACAAAUCUGAAGAACUCUGCUUUUGUGAUUACUUGAGGAAAGAAACAAUUGUCAUUACGUGCCGAAGAGGGAAAUAUUUCAGGUCAUCCCCGUCCUCAUCCCUUUUGCAUGCACGCUCACCGACAGCUGGAAAUGAGGGUUUGGGCGGCGGUCUCCGGUGGGCCGUGACCCUCGCCACGAAGGCCAAUGUCAAAAUGUGCCCGGCGCAAGCUGGGGCGGCUCUGCGCCCCGGGGGUGGAGCUGGGCCGGGCCCCGUCUUGUACACGUGAUCAGGCGGCGCCUCGCUCGCUACGCGCCGGGUCUCGGCCGUGUUGGAAAUCUGCCGCUUCCAUGCUCCCGUAACGGGUCAGGGCGAAAGCCCCCCCCCCCACGUCUUCCACUCUUGGAAGUGUGAGCGAGACCCGGAGGAGAUCCUCAGACCAGUUAGUAGCAACCAAACAAGACUGAUGGGGGUCAGUCAGCCUCCUGCUGUUUGUAACCUUUUUUUAUGUUCUUUAAGUGGGGGUAGGAUUAGCCCUUCGCCAGUCUCCGUCACGUCCUGCCAUUCCUGCCACUCCAGUUCCGCCAGGCGAGCUCCCACAGCCUCGUCCUCACGGCUGGGCCUGUGCUCGGCAAGUUGAAAGAAGGGGAAGAGCACAAUGUACACUUUUUAACAUUGGCAAAACAAGGGCUGCAAAAUUGUCUAAUUGCGGCUCCCGAGACCAUUAACUGCUGUGUGCUUAAGCAGGAUGAAAGGUAUCGAAUUGUACCGGUGGGUAAAGGGUGUCUUUGUCAUCGUGGUCCCUCUGAUGUUCUCAAAUGCUUAAGCUUAUUCUUUCUUGGAUGUGCCAAAGGAUUGAUUUUUGCAACUGAUUGUUGUAACUCAGUUAAAGAUUUGAUCUGAUUUGAAUGAAGUUCACUCCCCUAAGAUGCAUGUCUUCUUUAAUCAUACACCUCAAACAUCUCAAGGAAACCGGCAUAUCUUUUUUUAUCUCGUAAAGAGUUCCAACGUUAGCUUCAUGUUUUCUUGUGUGAAUACCGGAUUGCAGUGAGCUGUACACCCUCCCCUCCCUGUAUUCGUUUACAGUGCAGAUCAAUCUGAACUGUAGUGAACUUUUAAAUCCUUAUGGAAGAUGAAUUCAGUGCUGGUCCCUAGAAGUGGAAUAGGCUCACGCUAGUCAUCUGAACAUUUUCACUUUGCCCUGUCCAAUGGAAAUAACUGGUUCCAUAUAUUUUGACCUGAAUACCCUCAUCGCUACAUGUUGUUACUCUGUGAUCUGUGGCUCUGUAUGAAUAUUUGUCUGUAUGAAUUUUAGUUUUUAUCCUUUCACUCAAAUACCGAAAUCACUACAGCCCAUUCAUCAACACGAACUGCAGACCUACAAAAAAGUGUACACAUUAUUGUGCAUAGCAUAAAUUAAGGAAAUAGGCAUCUGCUUUUUAUUUUCUUGUUUCUUUUCCCCAUUGAUUAAUGUAUACAAUGUGAAAUCAAAGUUCAUCUCCUUUACACAAAUGUAUUUUCAUUUGUUAACUUUUAUAUGGUCAAAUGUUUCCUUAAUCUCCUUGGUCCAAGGUUGGAGAUGAGCCAUAACACACUUCACAUCAUCUGCAACAGCUGUGCAGGAUGUCAUUUCCUUUUCUUUUGGUAUUGAGGAUUUUGUUCUCUCAUUAAUCAUCAGUUGUUAAAUAUUAGUUGAAAUAAGAUACCAUUUACCAUUUGUGUCCAAUUACAUUUGAAUGUCAUGUUAGUACAUGACGCACCAUCUAGUAUCAAAAACAGUAUUUAAACGUUGAUAUCCCAGCUCUUCUCGGGCUUUCUGUGAAUCCAAGGUAUGAACUGACCUAUCAGCGAUGAUUCAUACACACUGUGUUAUCUAUAUCUCUUAAAACGUUGAUGUACACAUAAGUAGUUCAUGAAUGGGCUAUGUCUUGUACUAAGCAUGCAAACUGUAUUGAUAACAGCUGGAGAAAUAUGACUUCCUGAAGCUGCCUGAUAGCACAGUGCCUCUUUCAGGUCUGAAAACCUCUUUCAGGCGAAAACAGACAUGCAGACUCCCCACGGCCAGUGAUCUUCUUCUCCCACUGUCAUGGCCUCACACCUCAGAUUAAAUGACAGCAGGAUUAAAGAGCAACAGUAACCAAUCUUGGACUGUAUAUCUCUUAAAUUGCAUAGGUAUUUUCUUUGAAUUUUAUUGGAAUAGCGGUGUUCAGAAAAACUGUUUCUGAAGACAGCAUACUACAGUCAGUAAAGAUGGAUUCCUAAGAAGUAUUUUGACUCGGAUAGUCAAAGUUACUGAAAGAGAUGGUGUGAUUUGUAUCUCGUCUUCCUUAAGUAGCCCUUAUAAUGAGACAAUGACUUACCAUGUGAAUUAUGUGCUUUAACAUGUACUUUUCUACGUGAGGUAUUUAGAAAAUGAUUACAAUGUACAUGCAUUUUUUUUCCAGUUGUGUAUAUAAGGAUAAAACAGGUGUUUUGCUGGGAUACAGAAUUCCCACUGCAUGGUUCCAGGCUUCAUCAAGCUGAUGCGGAAUGUGUAGAUGUGAAAAGGGGCUGAAAUUCACGUGGUGAGAAGGAAUAAAUUGUAAGGUAGUCUUUAAGAGACUUACAGCCCUGGAAA